AUGCCUUUGGCGGAUCCCGUCGCCAUGGCUGUCCCUGAUGCCCCACCCGCUGCAGUCUUCUACGAUACAGUGCGGCUCGGCAAUAUUACCUACAACGCACGUGACGGGGCGAGAGAGGAGCUCGACCUGACGGAGGAUGAGGAUGCUGACGUCGACGAGGACGUUGAGUCGUCCGUACCGAGCGGUAAGCGAUGCCGUCGCAGCUCUCUGGCUUCGGUAACUCCGCAGAAGCAAAAGCGAGUACGUCGCGAGGAUGCCGCUGUCGUCGUGCCCGCCCAGCUCACGUUCACGCCGACGCAUAUUAAGUGGACCAUGCCGAACCCAAACGAGAUGUGGUCGCGUCUUCAGCAGUCGCCGUCGGGCGAGGCUGCUGCUGCUGCUGCUGCUACUGCACUCCACAGCGGUGGCGCGAGUAACAGGGCGACGAAGCCUUUCUAUGGCAUACUCCCUGUGACGUCUGUGGCAACUUUCGUCGCCUGCCCGGAGCGUCUGGGGAUCGCUGUGGAGCUGAGGGACGAGUGCCAGCUUCCCCUCGUAGACGCCGCGGUGCUGAGCGGGUCAGCGGAGAGUCGGUGGGUGGUUUGGGUGUUGUCGAAGCGGAUGGCAGGUGUGCCGGCGCCCGCCGAUGAGGUCCGAGGCAGCUGUCGCGGUCGCUCUAGAGUCACCAAGGGCAGCACACAUAAAGCCAGCAAGAGGGCGGAGAAGACCCCCUUUGCAGCGGUGCAGUCGGUUGCUGAUGUGGUGGAGUUACCGUUGACGCCCGUCGCGCGCUUUGAGGCGUGGCUCAUGCACUUUAAGUUGUACUAUGCAACACAGAACGUCCCAGCGCCGGUCGUUGUGGAUGGCGUUGCUUUCGACGUAAUAUUAUGCCCCUCUUCCUUACCCUAG